UUUUUUUUCAUUUAUAUCAUUGUACAAUAUUUUAAAUUUGACAACUAAUAAUUGAUUUUCACUUAUCCAACAUUAUUUUGUCGGUCCAAAAAUCAAUCUCAAAAAGAUCAUGUUAACUCUAUAGUGCAUCUCCAUAAGUGCAUGCAGAAUCGAGUUAUUUUCUUCGUCCUUAACUUAAUUAACCAUUGAAGAAGAAGAAGAUGGAAGAAGAAAGCCUUUCGAUGAUCUCAACGGUGGUGCCUGCGACCCAUCAAAGCGACGAAAACGGCGUGUGCCAGCUCAGCUCCAUGGACCUCCUCAUGAAGCUCCACUACAUCAGAGCCGUUUAUUUCUUCACCAGCGACGCGGCCCAAGGCCUCUCCAUGGCGGACCUCAAGAAGCCCAUGUUCCUCCUCCUGGACCAGGCCACGCGAGCGAUAUCGGGUCGGGUCAGGAUUUCCGAAUCGGGUCGAGCAUUCGUAAAGUGCAACGACGCUGGCGUGCGCAUCGCUGAGUCACGCCGCGACCGCACCCUUCAGGAAUGGUUCCAACAACACGGGUGCUCCCUCGAAGGCCUUGUACACGAUCACGUCCUUGGUGGACCUGACCUUGGCUUCUCUCCUUUGGCUGUUGUCAAGUUCACUUGGUUUAAAUGUGGAGGGUUGUGUGUGGGACUCAGCUGGUCCCAUAUCCUGGGAGACGCAUUUUCAGCCUUCGACUUCAUCACCAAGUGGAGUCAAAUACUCGCAGGUCAAACUCACACUCACACUCACACUCACACUCACGCGCCACCAAAACCGAAACCCCUUCCCACGCCAAUUCAUAAACAAACCCAAUCCCCACCACACAACAAUGAUCCCAUUUCCGUUAAAAUGACCACGACCGCAGGGGAAUUCUGGCUCCCCACAAACCACGCCAAAAUCGCCACCCACUCGUUCCACGUCACUUCCAAACAACUCAACCGUUUAGUAACAACAUCCACGUGUCACCAAAACGACGCCGCGGAAACCUCGUACUUCGGAACCCUCUCCGCGCUGGUGUGGAAACACGUGGCCCGCAUCAGGGGAGAGUCCGAGCCCAGGGCCGUGACGAUUUUUACACGUGGCGGCGAGGGAUUGGAGGUGAGCGCGGUGGAAGCGAGCUUCGUGGUUGCGACAUCCGACGUGGCGGAUUUGGCGAGGGUGAUUGGGGCGGAGAGGAGGGUUGAUGACGUGGCAAAGUUGGUGGAAGAGAGCGGAGGGAAAGGGGAUUUUGUGGUGUACGGAGCGAAUUUGACGUUGGUGGAUUUGGAGAAUGGUGGUGACGUGUAUGGGGUGGUGCUGAAUGGACACAAACCGGUGUUGGCGAAUUGUUGCAUCCAUGGGGUGGGUGAUGACGGUGUCGUUUUGGUGCUUCCGGCGCCGGAGGGUUUCACUGGUGGAAGAAUGGUCACGGUUUCUCUGCCUGAUAAGGAGCUUCUACAGCUGAAAGAUAAUCUGAGAGAUGAAUGGGGAAUUGAGUCGCUUUCAUUUUCAUGAUAUGUGGAUUUUAUUUUUUUGCAUUUCCUUGGGAUUCUGUUUGAUGUGUGACUUGUGUAAAAGAAUUAAAUUAUAGUUAUUCAAAUUUUAAGAGUUUAUUUUUUCUU